AUGCCUCGAUACUCUCGUUCCGGCCUUGAGCUGCCCCGGCGCUCGUUCUUCGCCGUCUUUGCACUCGUGUCUUUUGUGCUCCUAGCCACUGUCGCUUUCACCAAGCUCGGCGCUCAACAGGGCCCCGCGCUGAACAUCCGCCGCGAUGAUACGUGGAAGUCGCACCUCAAGGCCAAGACGCGCGCCGCGGCGGGUGACAAGUACCUGAUCGGCGCCGGCAAGGCUGACAUCACGGGGCCCGUCGUCGAGAUUGGGUUUGCCGGGUAUGCUGACCUGGACCAGGUUGGGACUGGUCUCAGGCAGAGAAUCUACAGCCGCGCCUUCAUUGUCGGCGAUGUGAGCAAGCCGAACGAUCGGUUUGUGUAUCUCGUGCUGGACACUCAGAGCGGUGACACCGCCGUGCGCAAUGGCAUCUUGGAGGGCGUCAAGGCUCUCGGGUCCGGCUAUUCCAUGUACACCAAGGACAACAUUGCCGUCACGGGCACCCACAGCCACGCCGGCCCGGGAGCGUGGUUCAACUACCUGCUGCCGCAAGUCACCAGCCUGGGGUUCGACAAGCAGAGCUACCAGGCCAUCGUUGACGGCGCGGUGUUGUCGAUCAAGAAGGCGCACGAGUCGCUUGCCGAGGGCUACCUCGACGUUGGGACCACCGAGGUGACUGAUGGCGCAAUCAACCGCAGUCUCUGGGCGUACCUGGCCAACCCCGAAGAGGAGAGGGCCAAGUACAGCGCCAGCACCGACACUACCCUCACGCUUCUCCGCUUCCAGCGUGCCUCUGACGGCAAGAACAUUGGUGUUCUCACGUGGUAUCCUGUGCAUGGCACUUCCAUUCUUCAGAAUAGCACCCACGUGGCUGGCGACAACAAGGGCGUCGCCGCGUAUCUCCUCGAGAAGGAUCUCGCGGGCGACUCGAGCACGGCUGAUGGCUUCGUCGCUGGCUUCAGCCAAGCCAACGUCGGCGACACCACCCCCAACGUCCUCGGCGCGUGGUGCGACGACGGAUCUGGCCAGCAGUGCAGUCUCGAGAACAGCACGUGCGCUGAUGGCAAGAGCCAGUCAUGCCACGGCAGAGGCCCGGCAUUUCAGAAGCUAGACCUGGGAAUUUCCAGCUGCUAUGAGAUUGGCAAACGGCAGUACGCCGGGGCCAAGAGCGUCUACACCGCCCUGAGCUCUUCGUCGACCCCCGUCACCGGCACCAGCGUCAAGUCCUUCCACUUCUUCCAGGACAUGUCCUACUUCAACUUCACCGCGGCAGACGGCACCAAGGGCAUGACCUGCCCGGCCGCCCUCGGCUACUCCUUCGCCGCCGGCACGUCCGACGGCCCCGGCGCGUUCGACUUCACCCAGGCCGACUCGGGCACCCCUGACGCCAACCCCCUCUGGGCGGUCGUGUCCGGCCUCCUGAGGACCCCGAGCGCGGCGCAGGCCGCCUGCCAGCAGCCGAAGCCCGUCCUCCUCGACGUCGGCGAGAUGAGCACCCCCUACGCCUGGAGCCCCAAUAUUGUCGACAUCCAGAUGCUCCGCGUGGGCCAGCUGGUCAUCAUCGUCGCGCCCGGCGAGGCCACAACCAUGUCUGGUCGCCGCUGGAAGGCAGCAGUCAAGCAGGCCGCCACGUCAAUCGUCGACAACGACCCGAUCGUCAUCCUCGGCGGCCCUGCCAACACCUACGCGCACUACAUCGCGACCCCUGAAGAGUACGCCAUCCAGCGCUACGAGGGCGCGUCGACCCUCUUUGGCAAAAGCACCCUCCCGGCCUACAUCAACCUCACCGUCUCCAACAUCGGCUUCCUUUCCCCCUCGGCCACGUCCACGCCGCCCGCCGGCCCGUCGCCCCCGGACAACCGCAGCAACUCGCUGUCCUUCAUCACCGGCGUCGUCGUGGACGGCACCCCCAGCGGCCGCUCCUUCGGCUCCGUCGUCACGCAGCCGUCGGCGUCGUACUCCCGUGGCGCCGUCGUCAACGCCACCUUCCAAGCGGCCAACCCGCGGAACAACCUGCGCCUCGAGGGGACGUACGCGGCGGUGGAGCAACUGCAGAACGGUGUGUGGACGCAAGUGAGGAACGACGAGGACUGGUUUCUGGUGUACACGUGGACGCGCACCAACUGGCUGCUCGGGUACAGCGAGGUCACCAUCAGCUGGGAGACGGCCGGGGACGGCGCUGCUGCGGGGACGUAUCGGAUCAAGUACUAUGGCGAUUCGAAGCCGUUGAUCGGGUCCAUCACGGCGUUUGAAGGGACGUCGAAUAAUUUUACGUUGGUCUAA